GGUUACAGGGAGAAGAUGCGGGACUACCAGUUCAAGCGGUUGAAGUAUUUCUACGCCGUAGUGGAGUGCGACUCAAUCGACACGGCCGCCAAAAUCUACGCCGAGUGUGACGGCUACGAGUACGAGAGCAGCUGCUCCAUGCUGGACCUCCGCUUCAUUCCUGAUGACGUGAAGUUUGACGAGGAGCCCAAAGACGUGGCGACGGAUGUGAACCUCGCCGCCUACACGCCCAAACUGUUCACCUCAUCGGCCACGACCACCUCGAAGGUACAGAGGUGGACGGUUACCUUACAGGAAGCUCAGCAGUUCCUCUGUGACGCUGAGUGAUGAGGAUUGAUUAAC